GGGUCUCAGUUACGGAUGGAAGAUAUCCAGUAACUGACACGUAAACUCACACGUAAUCGUCUGAAGUUCUCCUGACCUUCAAAAUGGGGGGAGCAUUCUUGCUACAACUCGCUGCUCUCCACGCCCAUAUCUUAUGGCUGGGUAUCCGCGCGUUCUCUCCCAACUCGGUGUAACUCGGUGCGUGGCUCCUACAAUCCACCCACGUCCUGCAACAUGAAGUUCAUGUGUCUGCCAGGCGCAUAUGGAAGCGCAGAUAAAUUCCAGGUUCAACUAGCACCACUCGUCAAUGAGUUGAUGUCUGACGGCUCGGCCUCAUUCCGCUUUAUCGACGCACCAUGUGAAGCCGUGCCCCCUAAGGGCUUCGAGGACUUCUUCGGAAAGCCUCCCUACUACCGGUUCAUCGAGCCCGACGAGAAGGAGACGCAGGAUACCGACGUCCUAUCUCGUAUUCGAGACUUCCCCGAGUGCGACACGGCCGAGGACACUAUGAGAGAACUCAUGAAAGAAGGCGUCGCGAGCAGCGUCAUCAGCACGAACCGAGCUAUUCAGUAUCUCUUCGACAUCAUGGAGAAAGAAGGCCCCUUCGAGGGUAUCAUUGGGUACUCCGAGGGGGCUACCGUCGCCGCGACAUUUGUCCUCGCUGAGCAGAAGAGGGCCGAGGAGGCGGGAAGAGAACCCAUGAUUAAGUGUGGUAUCUUCUUCGCCGGCUGGCCGCCUCUCGACCCUACCACGUACGCCAUGGUACUCGCGGAUGAAUCCGACCUCAUGAUCAACAUCCACACCUGUCACAUCAUCGGUUCCCUCGAUCCCUACGUUGCCGGUUCCAUGGCUCUGUAUAACACGUGUGAGGCGGAUACCGCGUACAUCUUCGACCACGGCAAGGGUCACACACUCCCGAGAGACAAAGGUACUAUAAAAGAACUUGGAGGGGUAAUUCGCAGUAUGAUGGUAGAGGCUUCAGCAUAAAGCCUCGUAUCCUUCGCACGAUAGAUUGCGACUUAGAUUAUGGUUUUGGUUAAUUCUCCUAGCAUCGGUAGAUACCAGCAUAUGUAGUAGGCUCUGUCUGUAUAUCUCUGUCUGUAUCUUUCUCUCUCUCUCUCAUGCUAGGUGUAACAUGAUAUUACCGCGUUCCAUCUCCAUAGUCGUGGCGCGAAGUAGAGGUGGUGCGGAUUAGAAAAUUCCAUGCAUCAUUGCGAAUGGUUCGUUUCCUCGCAAGGAUGUAAGCUCGCGAGCCCGUGUCAAGCAGCCCCCCCCCCCCCCCUCUACGAGAAGG